AUAAUCACAUUCCACAAUUUGUCCAAAAAUAUAUUCGCAAAUUUGGAGCAAAGUGAUGUAGCAGCAGAAAGCAUAGUCAAAAAUAUUUAUUCUCCUUUUUAGGAUAUAUUUGAUUGAUUUUUUUGAAAAGGCCAAAUUGCCUUUUGCGGCUUCCCCCCACACACUCCCAUACAUUGUAACUGCAUAUACUGCCAAAGUGCCAAGGUUCUGAGAAAUUUAUUCCUAUUUCUCUAUAUUAAUUAUUUUAUACGAAUAUCAUCCCACAUUUUUGCAACAUUUAGAUCUCCGCCUUUUUCUACCAAAUUCUUGUUGUUUAUUCCACCAGAGAACACUGUCAGAAGGAGGAGCCCAAAUAAGUUUUUUUUAAUCUUUAUCAGUAUUUAUUUUUAUUGAUUUUAUGUCCUUUAUUUUUGCUGUUUCUGUAAUUAUUUUUGCUGGGUAUUUGAGAAUUUAGUUUUUGCUUUGUGAUUAAUGAUGAUUUGUUGGAAUUGGGAUUUUUUUGUUUGAAUAUUUGAGAUAUCUGUGAAAUUUAAGUUUAUCGAGUGAUUUUGUAUUUGGGUAUGUAGCUAAAUAAGGUUUUGAAGAUAUGAUCUUGAGUUUCUGGGUUGUUGUUAUGUUAGCAAUAUUAGUUUUUACAAAUGGGUUAUAGGUUUUGAGAAACGAAGUUGAAAGUAUUGUGUUUAGGUUUUAUGUUUGGUAGAAUUGAUGGAUAAUAAUUUGUCAUUAGCAAAUAUGAUGCCUGGUGGUGGUUCUGCUUAUGUGGGUUCUGAUAUGCAAGGAUCAAUUAGGGUUAACCACCAUCAGAACCCCAGAAGCCUUCAGCUUGGGCAAGGCUUGAUGACCCAGCCAUCGUCAAUGCACGAGGUUUUUCCGUUGAAAAUGGGACAGGGUCAUAAACGUGAUCAACCAAAUUCUAUGGCUGAUUAUAACAAGGGGGAAAGGGGGAAAACUUCGCCAACGGACGAAGAUGAGCAUAGUUCCAAUGGAGAGGGAAUGGAUGGACAAAGUGAUCCUAGUAAGGGAAAGAAAGUACCUCAAUGGCAUCGUGUAAAAUGGAACAGUUCGAUGGUUAAGCUUUUAAUUACAGCUGUUUCUUACCUUAGUGAAGAUGCAGUCUUUGAGGGUUGUUCUCAAGGAAGAAGAAAAUAUUUGAAUUUGCAUAAAAAGGGUAAGUGGAAAUCGAUAUCGAAAGUGAUGGCUGAGAGGGGUUUUUUUGUUUCACCCCAGCAGUGUGAAGAUAAGUUCAAUGACCUUAAUAAGAGAUAUAAGAAACUCAAUGAAAUUCUUGGGAAGGGCACUUCUUGUCAGGUUGUUGAGAAACCAGCACUUCUAGAUAUGAUGGAUCAUUUAUCUGACAAAACAAAAGACGAGGUUAGGAAAAUUCUGAGUUCGAAGCAUUUGUUCUAUGAAGAGUUGUGUUCAUAUCAUAACAAUAAUAGACUACAUUUACCCCAUGAUCCAGCACUUCAGCAAUCUUUGCAGUUGGCAUUGAGAAGUAGAGAUGACACUGAUACUGAUUUUAGAAAGCAUCUGCAUGGUGAAGCUAUUGAGGAUGAUGAUGGUGAAGAUAGUGAGGAUCAUGAAGAUUAUGGUGAAAAUUGUAGCAAAGGGGCAUAUCCUCUCUCUGGGGAUCCAUCAAAAAGGAUGAAACAAGGGCAAGGUCUGGAAAAUUCUGAUUUCAGGCCUCAAUCUACUCAGGAUUUCAGCAAGAGUUUCCAGUUGCAAUUACAAAAUCCAUUUGCUGAUAUGCAUCCAGAAUUUCCUGAAAAUCAGAAAGCAGCUUUAUUGCAGAAGCAGCGGUUGAAAGCACAAUCAUUUCAAUUAGAAGAGCAGAAGCUACAAAUAAACUCAGAAGCACUGGAGUUGGAGAAACAGCGGUUCAAGUGGCAGCGGUUCUGUAAGAGAAAAGACCGGGAGUUGGAAAAGCUCAAGAUAGAAAAUGAUAGGAUGAAGCUUGAUAAUGAACGUUUAGCACUGGAAUUGAAGCGCAUGGAAAUGAGCUUCACCUCUAAUCAUUGAUAUUAUUGCUGUUGGAAAAUGUUCUAUUGACUAGAAAUAUUGUGUAGCACAUCUCUUCUUGUCAGGCAUCUUGGACUGCAGACAUUUUAUUAUGGACAAGAGCUAAACCUGACUAGAGGAUAAAUGCAAUGCCUUUAUCGAUUAUUUGAGUUCUAAAUGGUACUAGCUUGCUACAUAA